AUGGAUGCUGCCGAGAUCGUCCGCCGGGCCCUGGGCUCUAUCGCCGAACGAAGAUCUUCACAGCAACACCUACACCCACAACCACAAGCCACGCCCUCAUACUUCCCCUUUCCCACUCAACAACACGCCGCACCCAGACCGGCCGCCCCUCGCCCCCCACGCCGCGAUGCCUCCAAUCUGGGAUACACGUUGACAGCCUGCUGCAGAUGUCGUCAGCGGAAAACCAGAUGCGGUACCUCCUUACCUCGAUGCAUGCCUUGCGAGCGAGCGGGCGCCGUUUGCGAAUACUGGGACUCGACCUUGCAAAGAAAGGUCAGCCGUUCUUACGUUGUCAAGCUACGGGACAAGCUACGCCGCCUUACCGACGAACUUGCUCAGUUCAAGACCGAUGAACCAGACCCACAGGAUCGCCGACAGAGUCCCGAUCUAUCCAGCAGCCUGGUGCGGCCCAACGUGACCGAUGAGAUCUCUUACUGGUUUGGGCCCAGCAGUGGUGUCGGUCUACAGCGAACAUUAAUGGAAGAGGCUAAGCGCUACAUGGAAUCCGAGUCGUUUGCGAAUUUGUUAUCCGAGAGCGUUACCCGGCGAGUCGAUAGGGCAAAUCGUAUGCAGAGCAUUUCGACAGGGCGCAAGAAGAGCUACCCCUUGAUCAGUGAGAUUCCGGUUCAGCAACUGCCAAAGCGCGCCACAGCCGACAGACUUCUCGAGGUCUACAUUCAGAGAGCACAGAUAUGGGCGCCAAUCCUCCACGAAAAGAUCCUUGAGGAAAACGUCAACGACGUGUACAGCGGCGACAAGGACCCCUACAAGAGGUUUGUGGUACACAUGGUGUUUGCCAUAGGUUUGCGCAAAUUGUCGUCGCAGUUCGCCGGUCUCGCCGACAGUUUCUACAUCGCCGCCACAGAGUACUUCUGGCAAGUCAUACAGCCGCGAGACCUCAAAUCGCUACAGUGCAUCAUUUUACUGGCUCAAUACUACCUGUUGUGCCCCUACAAAGCACCUGGCUAUUACAUUGCCGGAUUGGCGACCAAGCUUUGCCAGCAGCUUAACAUUGUUGACGAACAAACCAUUUCCUCAGGGGUUGAUGAGCAGACACUCGAUAUGCGAAGGCGACUGGCUUGGGUGACGGUCAACAACGAAUUGGGCUUGGCAUACAUCACCGGAAGGCCAAACGGCUUUUCCAAGAGUCAUGAUGCGAUCAACCUCAAGUUCUUCGAAAGCCUCCCAGAUGAGAAUAUCACCGCGAAUGGCAUCGAGUCCGGGCCCGCUUGUGUGAGAAAGCUGGUAGCUAUCCACUUUUGCAAGAUGACCCUCCUGCAAGCAGAGAUACGACGAGUCUUGUAUGAACAAACCAUGCCCAAUGUCAAUAGUGAAGAACAUUGCUGGGUUGCCAAGAUGCAGAAAAAGCUGGAGGACUGGCGGGAUUCUGCCCCUGAGAAGGCCGAGCCAUGGUGCAAAUCCUUGUUUGCAUUCUACUUCCACAACAUGAUGAUUUCUCUAUAUCGCCCAUCACCGCAAAUACCAGACCCGUCUGCUACCGCCGCCGCCAAGUGCUAUGACGCGUCCCGCGAAGUUAUCGUGAUUUCGAGCACACAAAUCAAAGCAUCGGCCGUCGACGUCACAUAUAUUUUCCUAUCGACUAUCCACACAGCGUUGAGUACUCUGCUGUGGUCCGUUUCCUACGCCGAGGUUCGAGCCGACCACUCCGCAGAUGAAGUCAAAGACAUCACGGAGACUGCGCUGGAAAUAUUUGCCCAAUGCUCCGAAUUCUUGCCAGAACCACAAGCCGUUUCGGAAUUUUACGACGUCUUGAUCUCGGUCUCCCUACGCCGCUAUCACAUUAAGGAGGAACCCAUCAGUCCUACGCCGGGUUUUCAGCACUUGCCGAACGCGAGUGGGUUUGGCCAGCCUGGCUUGCUUAACUCCAACAUGUCCGAUCCAGACAUGUUUGCAACACCGCAAGCAACACAAACGCCCCAGGAUAAGGAAACACCGAUAUUCCGGGCUCCUAGCUUCCGCUAUGUCUUCGACGGCACUCCUGAGCCGGAGCCGCCAACAGAUCUCCAAAACACACCAUUCCGCCCUUCCCAACCCAUGUUCCGCUCAAACUCGAUUUUUGGAAGUCCCUCGACGGAUCCAGGCCGAAGGCUCUCUCACUGGGCCCCUGAAUCUACCACUUCUGUUAACCAUAACGCCCCGGUAGACGCACAAGGGCCACCAACAGGACGUUUCGAACCAUCGAUAUCACCCCCGACAGACCCCUCGACUCCGAUUGCCAUGCCGGGAGCAUUCAACCCACCCACAACUCUUCCGCAAGCACCAGUACACGUCCCCGUCAACACUCUACCAAUCACGACAGAGCCUCUCACCUCCUACCACCUCGCCCCUAGCCCAGUGAUGCCCCUCCCGCAACACGCACCACCGCUAAUACCGACAACAACGGCACAACAAGCCUGGUUCAACCCCCCGCCUCCUCUCCUCUCACCGCAUACCUUCUCCUCAAGCAGAGGCAGCAUCAGCAUUUCCGGAACAGCCAAUGACGUCAUGCUCAACCCCGGUCUCGGCCUCUGGCUCACGCGGUUUAGCGACAAUUACUCGCUCAACCGCGGUCCACCGCCUACUUCAAACGGGUGGGGACCUGCUUGGGCUAACGCCAACAACAAUAAUAGCAACAAUAACCCCAACGGUUUGGGCGCUGGUGGUGGUCUAGGCAUGGGAUCACCCUGGGGAGCUCAGCCGCCCCCGCCUCAUAGCGGUAGCAUGGGAGGAGGGCUGCCGCCAAACAAUAACAGCAACAUGAACAACGUCUGGGCGACUCACUGGUCGGAUCAGAGACAGGGAAGUCUAAGCCAGGAACAGCAGGAUGAGUUGAUGGAUGUGUUGGAGACGGAGGGAAUGGCGGAGAUUGAUAUGUUUUUGAAGAUGGAGACUUCGUGA